CCCAAAUCAAUCCAGGCCAUGCCUACCAAUGCGUCGAAUGCCGAGCUUUACCGUCAGCUUGCUGCACUGGAGAGAACAGAUAUGGGUGGUUUUGUUUACCCUGGGGAUUAGAACGUUCCUUACAUGGGUUGACCAGCGGCAUGUUUCUCAAUCCCUUUUAAUCAACCCUGUACUCUAGGCCGAUAUCCUUGGGGGGCCUUCCAGAGAGGGGGCCCACGACGGAUCAACACUGAUCCGAGUAAGGUCUUGGCAACUGCCCUAUUUAAUCUUUCAGAAGAAGGGCCAACAGGAAAACAAAGUCCUCUAUAGACUUUUUCCUGUGUUCCUAUUUAUCAUAGCUAUCUAAACCUGCCAUUCCGCCGCCAACAUAAGCCUCCCCCAUUGAAGAACUGAUUGGCCAUACACCACCCGCAUAACCACCAAUACUGUUAUUAUUGGGGCUACACAAUCUUACCCACGUACUGCAGCCCGGAGUCCGAUAGGUAUUGGGAUAUACUUCUCAGUUUCCUGAUGCAGCAAACCAGGCUAUCACUUGGCUACUUUGAGGAUCAAGAUGAUGUUAAUCAUAGGGACGUUCUGCUUCCCAAGGAUCUUUUCCACCUAGAUGUACGAGAUAAUGCGUCACUGUUAGAUGCGCUCGACAUUAGGGGGUUGAGGGAACUGUUUCAGCGCGAAGGCGUUGGGGGCAAACGUGCCACGGCUGAUCGCCUCUGGGACUUCGUUCUGGUUGCUAAUGAAUAUGUCCUGAAGGAUGUAGCAACCGGGGUCUUCAUCGCCAAGGCAGUAUCUUUGGGCUGGUGUGAGGGAUGAGGGUACCAACAAGCUAUCUUCUAGAUCUAUGAAUAUCUGUAAGCGGGAGUGGAAAUACCAGGUCAGCAUUCGGCUUCAUGGGGCCCGAGAAAGAUCUGGAUGCUUAUUUGGGGCCUGAGGAUGUAUCUUUUGACGUCGCAGGCCGUUUCUCUGAAGCUCGACCAUUGCCUCUUCACUACACGGGACAGAGAUGGAAUAGUGGCUUCUAGAGAUUUACAAAGAUUCGAGCAGCCAUGACUAUUAUGUUUAGACAGGUUAGGUCCUUCCGAUCUCUGUGUCAUCUUCCUUUGAGAAGCCGUUAACAUGAGAGAGUGCCAACCGCUUGUUGUUUGUUUGCUCUUCAUAGGCCUGCAUACGCCCACCUAUAUUCCCAGCCCAAUCCGCCUUGAUGCUCUG